AUGAUUAUUGAAGGUUCUUUUAGCUUCAAACAAAGAGAAUCUGAUACGCUGAUCUCAGUUAUUCCUAAUUCUCCUUUAAAGGAGGGUUUAGAUACCCAGCUGCUGAAAUCGAAUAAUGUAUAUCCUCAAUCGCCGGUUGCUAAUUUUGGUAGUCCCAAAGAUGAGGCUGCUGUCAAGUUGCAGAAAGUCUAUAAAAGCUUUUGCACCAGGAGGAAGCUAGCAGAUUGUGCUGUCCUUGUGGAGCAAAGCUGGUGGAAGCUGUUAGAUUUUGCAGAGCUUAAGCGUAGUUCUAUAUCCUUUUUCGAUGUUGAACACAACAGCAUGAGACUGCCAUUUCGCAUUGGUUUAGAGCAAACAAGUGAUUGA